AUGGACGAAGAAGGGGACGACAGUGAAGAGAUGAAGAGACAAAGCGAGAGAAACAGAGAAAACCCUAAGACAAUAAUCAAUGGACGAAGAAGGGGGCAGAGAGAAAGUCAUCUGAAACUCUCUCCAGUAGCCAAAAGUUUCACCCCCUUAUUUUUUCUCUCUCUCUCCGUCUCCAUAUACAAAAACCCUUCCGAUCUGUUCCUUUCUCUCUCAUUCGUUCUAGGUCUGGUAAAGAAAUUCAAAGACACAGUUCACAGAUUGGAACAAGAAUCAGGUUUCUUCUUCAACAUGAGAUACUUUGAGGAAAUGGUGGCAAACGGGGAAUGGGAAGAAGUGGAAAAGUACUUAUCUGGGUUCACUAAGGUUGAUGAUAACAGAUAUUCAAUGAAAAUUUUCUUUGAGAUCCGAAAGCAAAAGUACCUUGAAGCCCUAGACAGAAAAGAUCGUCCUAAAGCUGUCGAUAUUUUGGUGAAGGACUUGAAAGUAUUUUCAACCUUUAAUGAAGACCUUUUUAAAGAAAUUACACAGCUUUUGACAUUUGAUAACUUUCGAGAUAAUGAGCAAUUAUCUAAGUAUGGAGACACCAAGUCUGCUAGGGGCAUAAUGCUUGCUGAACUUAAGAAGCUGAUAGAAGCAAAUCCCUUGUUUCGUGAUAAGCUGAACUUCCCCAGCUUGAAGAACUCGAGAUUACGAACACUAAUUAAUCAGAGUUUGAAUUGGCAGCACCAGCUCUGUAAGAAUCCAAAGCCUAAUCCUGACAUAAAAACUUUGUUUGUGGAUCAUUCUUGUGGACCCUCACAACCAAAUGGUGCUAGGGCCCCGUCACCCGUAACUGCUCCACUUAUGGGUGCUGUUCCUAAGCCUGGGGGAUUCCCACCCCUGAGUGCUCAUGGUCCAUUUCAGACAGCACCAGGUCCUCUGGUUACGUCUCCUGCUACAUGGUUGCCUAAUCCCUCUCAGGUUCCUCACCCUUCAGCUUCUUCUGGUCCAAUUGGCUUCCUCCCUCAAAAUAAUGCAGCUGCCAUGUUAAAGCGUCCUAGGACUCCUUUGACUAACCCAACUAUGGACUAUCAAACUGCUGAUUCUGAACAUGUUUUGAAGAGAACACGACCUAUGGGAAUGCCAGAUGAAGUCAAUAAUAUGCCUGUCAAUAUUUUACCUGUUGGAUACACUAAUCAGACCCAUGGGCAAAGUUCAUACUCGUUUGAUGAUUUGCCGAAGGCUGUUUGUUUUACUCUCAAUCAGGGCUCAACAGUCAAGAGCAUGGAUUUCCAUCCAGUACAACAAAUUCUGCUACUUGUUGGAACAAAUUCGGGGGACAUAAUGAUUUGGGAACUAGGCAGUCGGGAGAGGCUCUGUCACAGAAGCUUCAAAGUUUGGGAUCUUGGAGCUUGUUCAAUGGCGCUGCAGACAUCUCUGGCCAGUGACUACUCUGCGUCAAUUAACCGUGUGGUAUGGAAUCCAGAUGGCUCACUAUUUGGUAUUGCAUACUCUAAGCACAUUGUGCAUAUAUAUUCCUAUCGUGGUGGUGAUGAUCUAAGAAAUCACCUCGAGAUUGAAGCCCAUGUUGGGAGCGUGAAUGAUCUUGCUUUCUCUUACCCAAACAAACAACCUUGUGUCAUUACUUGUGGAGAUGACCGGCUUAUUAAGGUGUGGGAUGUGGUAUCAGGUGCAAAGCAGUAUACAUUUGAAGGUCACGAAGCACCCGUAUAUUCUGUAUGUCCACAUCAUAAGGAAAAUAUUCAGUUUAUUUUCUCCACGGCAACCGAUGGAAAAAUAAAAGCAUGGUUGUAUGAUAACAUGGGUUCGAGAGUUGAUUAUGACGCGCCAGGUCAUUCCUCUACCAUUAUGGCAUACAGUGCCGAUGGAACAAGGUUGUUUUCUUGUGGAACUAACAAAGAAGGAGAUUCAUUCCUUGUGGAAUGGAAUGAAAGUGAAGGAGCUGUAAAACGUUCAUAUGCUGGUCUUGCCAAACGAGCUGUGGGGAUUGUACAGUUUGAUACUACCAAGAAUCGAUUUUUGGCUACAGGGGAUGAGUUCAAGAUCAAGUUCUGGAACAUGGACAAUGUCAGCAUGUUGACAGCCACUGAUGCAGAGGGUGGAUUACCGGCAUCCCCUUGUAUCCGAUUCAACAAGGAAGGGAUAUUGUUGGCAGUUUCAACAAAUGACAAUGCCAUAAAAAUUGUGGCUAACGCUGAUGGCAUUAGGCUACUGAGGACAAUGGAAAACCGUCCAUUUGAUGCAUCUAGAAUAGCCUCUGCUUCUGCUGUGAAGCCUCCACUGAUGGGCACAUUUGUUGCUGCUAGUGCUGCUGUUGGAUCAAGCAUUGUAGAUCGGAGUGCUCCUGUACCGUCCACAAUUGCAAUGAAUGGAGAUAAUCGAAGUUUAGCAGAUGUAAAGCCCAGGAUUGCAGAUGAACCUAGCGAGAAAUCCAGAUUCUGGAAGCUUACAGAAGUCAAUGAGCCAGCACAAUGUCGCUCCUUGAGACUCCCAGAUAGUUUGACAGCACUAAGGGUUUCAAGAUUGAUAUACACCAAUUCAGGGUUUGCCAUAUUGGCUUUAGCUGCCAAUGCUGUUCACAAACUCUGGAAAUGGCCAAAGAAUGACCGUAAUACAACAGUGAAGGCAAGUGCUAAUAUUGCACCGCAACUUUGGCAACCUGCUAGCGGAAUAUUGAUGACGAAUGAUAUUAGUGAUACGAAUCCUGAAGAUGCCGUUCCAUGCUUUGCAUUAUCUAAGAAUGAUUCUUAUGUUAUGUCAGCUUCGGGAGGAAAAAUUUCUUUAUUCAACAUGAUGACAUUCAAAACGAUGACGACGUUCAUGCCUCCUCCACCCGCAGCAACAUUUCUGGCAUUUCAUCCACAAGACAACAACAUCAUAGCCAUAGGCAUGGAUGAUUCCUCUAUCCAAAUAUAUAAUGUCCGGGUUGAUGAGGUCAAGACAAAGCUCAAAGGUCAUCAGAAAAGGAUAACUGGUCUUGCCUUCUCUAAUGCGCUUAAUGUUCUUGUAUCUUCAGGAGCUGACUCUCAGUUGUGCAUUUGGAGCACUGAUGCAUGGGAGAUGCAAACAAGUAAAUUCUUGCAGAUCCCACCUGGUCGUGCAGCUUCUCCUCUUGCAGAUACGCGCGUACAAUUUCAUCAAGACCAAACACAUUUAGUAGUAGUCCAUGAGACACAGAUAGCGAUAUACGAAGCACCCAAAUUAACAUGCCUGAAGCAGUGGUUACCCCUAGAAGCAAGUGGCCCUAUCACAUAUGCUACAUAUUCUUGUGAUAGCCAAUCCAUAUAUGUCAGUUUUGAAGACGGAAGUGUUGGUGUUCUUACUUCUUCAACACUGCGGUUGAGAUGUCGAAUUAAUUCCUCUUCAUACAUAACUUCCAAUCCAAGUUUAAAGGUCUAUCCCUUGGUUAUUGCGGCACACCCAUCAGAGCCUAAUCAAUUUGCGUUAGGACUUACUGAUGGUGGAGUCUGCGUUCUUGAGCCACUAGAAUCGGAAGGCAAAUGGGGCACCUCGCCUCCACAGGAAAAUGGUGCUGGUCCAAGCACUUCUGGUGCAGCUAGUUCCGAUCAACCUCAGAGUUAUCUCGAGGGAGAAGCUGCAAGAUUAGAUGAUACACUUGUAGGAUGUCAGCUUCGUAGGGCUAGUUUAGAGGGCAGGAAAGGAUGGAAAUGA